AUGUCUGCCGGAAACAUUAAAGUCGUCGUCCGUGUACGGCCUUUCAACUCGCGAGAAAAGGACCGCGGCGCAAAAUGUAUAGUUCAAAUGAAAGACAGCCAAACUAUCCUCACCCCUCCACCUGGCGUUACCGACUCCUCAGCCCCUCGAAAAGGCGCCAGCACAGCCAUAAAAGCCGACGGACCCAAAGUUUUCAAUUUCGACAGAUCAUACUGGAGUUUCGACAGAGGUGAUAGUCAUUAUGCUGGGCAAGAUAAUUUAUUUGACGAUCUGGGAGGACCGUUACUGGAUAAUGCCUUUCAGGGGUAUAAUAAUUGUAUAUUUGCGUAUGGACAGACGGGCAGCGGGAAGAGUUAUUCUAUGAUGGGCUACGGCGAGGAAUACGGCAUAAUACCCCGAAUUUGUCAAAACAUAUUCGAGAGAAUGGGUUCAGAAAAGGACCCGAACAUAGUUUCCACUAUAGAAGUCUCCUACCUCGAAAUUUAUAAUGAAAAGGUCCGCGACCUUCUAAACCCUUCCAACAAAGGCGCCCUCAAAGUCCGUGAACACCCGUCAUUAGGACCCUACGUCGAAGACCUCGCAAAGCUAGUUGUCACCAGUUUCCGAGAAAUCGAAAACCUGAUGGACGAAGGUAACAAAGCACGUACCGUCGCCGCCACAAACAUGAACGAAACAUCAUCCCGUUCUCACGCCGUAUUCACAUUAAUCCUUACCCAAAAACGACAUGACGUAGAAACCGGGUUCGACACGGAAAAGGUUUCCAGGAUAUCAUUGGUCGAUUUGGCUGGUUCUGAAAGAGCCACAUCAACUGGUGCUACAGGUGCAAGGUUAAAAGAAGGAGCGGAGAUUAAUAGAUCGUUGAGUACGCUCGGUCGUGUUAUUGCUGCUCUGGCGGAUUUAAGCUCCGGAGGGAAGAAGAAGGGAACGCUGGUACCGUACCGUGAUUCGGUGUUAACAUGGUUAUUAAAGGAUUCAUUGGGCGGGAAUAGCAUGACCGCAAUGAUUGCGGCUAUUUCCCCUGCUGAUAUAAAUUGGGACGAAACAUUAUCGACUUUACGAUAUGCUGAUUCAGCAAAGAGAAUUAAGAACCAUGCUGUGGUUAACGAAGACCCGAACGCCAGGAUGAUCAGAGAAUUGAAAGAAGAGCUUUCGCAGUUACGACAGAAGCUUUCGGGAGGUGGUGGAGCGGAGGAAGAGAAAUAUGAUGCUUCCGUACCUCUGGAAAAACAGAUCGUAACGAUCACUUCGACAGAUGGGAGUGUACGCAAGGUCUCGAAAGCGGAAAUUGCAGAGCAACUCGGGGCGAGCGAGAAGCUGCUUAAGGAAGUGAAUCAAACUUGGGAGGAGAAAUUGGAGAAGACGCAGCAGAUUCAGAAGGAGAGAGAAGCGGCAUUGGAGGAAUUGGGGAUUAGUAUCGAAAAGGACUUCAUUGGUAUGAGCAUGCCGAAGAGAAUUCCACAUUUGGUCAAUUUAAGCGACGACCCCCUCCUCGCCGAAUGUCUAGUCUACAACAUCAAAGCCGGCGACACCACAGUCGGCAACGUAGAAUCCGCCACCACAACCGCCCAAAUAAAACUCAACGGUUCCAAAAUCCUACCAGACCACUGUCGUUUCGAAAACGUAAAUGACGUGGUAACACUUAUCCCCAACGAAGGCGCCGCUGUAAUGGUCAACGGAUUACGUAUCGAAGGUCCCAAGAGAUUAAGAACAGGAUAUCGAGUCAUCCUCGGCGAUUUUCAUAUCUUUCGAUUCAACCACCCGAAUGAAGCUCGCGCUGAAAGGGAUAAAUUACAUCGACAGAGUCUAGCUGGUACGAUAGCUGAACAUCGACAUACUAAUAGUAACGGUGGUUUCAUGGAAGGAGGGCCUGGUUCCGACGCCGAGAGUAGUAGACCUGAUUCUCCGGCCUUGGUACCCCCGACUAACAAGGAGAUCGACUGGUCGUUUGCACAGCGAGAAGCUUUGAUGGCGCAGGGUCUCGAUCCGAUAAAGAUUAAUGGGAUGAGUGACGAAGAGCUUAAUGCGCUAUUGCAGGGCGUACAGAAGGCGUAUAACUUGAGGAGAGGGAAAAUGGACGACGAUGAUUUGGAGUCUGUUGCGAGUGUUUCGGCGGGAACUGUUGGUGGGGAUAGCAGACGGGAACGGUACACGAGCAAUGGAACGAUUGAUAAUUUCUCGUUGGAUACAAGUCUGACGGUUCCCGGAACACCACAGAGGGAUGAAGAGGAGGAGAAGGUUAGAGUGCUGAAGGAGGAGCUACAAGUACAGCUUGAAGCUCAGAAGGAGUUUCAAGAGCGAUUAAAAGUUGCCGAAGAGACUCAUGUUGUGGUGGAAGAGAUUAAAGCGCAAAAGAUCAAAAUGGAGGAAGAACUUAAGGCUGCUGAGAAGAAGCUAGAAGAUCAGAAGAAGGAGUGGGAAAGAAGGCAUCAGGAGAUGGAGUUGAAAUUAGAGGAAAUGGCGCUUUCUCCGCAAGUUAGGAGUCGUGCUGUUUCACCUACGCCACCGAGGGGGAAUACACCUGCCGCGAACGAUUUACUUUCGAAACGACAAAAGAAUCUAGCUAAAGCGGCAUCACAAUUGUGGAGACGAAGCAAUUACGUUCGAAUGGCGGAGAGUGUGUUACAAUACGCUGUUACAUUGAAGGAAGCACAGAUAAUGAGCAAUGAGAUGGAGAAGCGGGUAUUCUUCCAGUUUACGGUACUAGAUGUGGGGCAUACGUCGGUUUCUACAUAUGAUUUACUCAUAAACGGUGUCAAUGCGGACGACGACGAAGCCCUGGAACUAGCGCCGAAGCCGUGUGUAGCGGUUCGAGCUAUGGAUUUUAAUAGGAACCUGAUCCAUCUUUGGUCGUUGGAGAAGUUGCAACUAAGGAUUCGGCAGAUGAAGCAGAUUUAUCAGUAUCUUUCGAGACCGGAUUACCUUUCUCACGUACAAGGGAAUGACCCAUUCAGCGAACCGAUAUUACCGGAUUAUACGCUACUAGGAGAUUCCGACGUCCCGCUUGCGGCGAUAUUUCAAUCGAAACGACAAUCAUUGGAUUUGGAGGUUAUAUCACCGCAUACGUGUAGUGUUAUCGGAAUCGUUAAAGUUACGCUUGAACCGUCGACUGUGGAGGUUCCGAAGGGGAAUAUUGGGUUCAAUGUGGUUAUUCAUCAACUUCUGGGGAUAUCGGAACGAGAGGGGACGGAUAUCCAUGCCCAAUUGUUUCUACCGUGGCUGGAUAACGCCCCUGCUACGGUUCCAGUAAGCGGGUUUGAUGAAGGACCGGUGAAUUUCGAGAGUACGCAUGUUCUUACGGCACCGCUUAGCGCGAGGAUUAAGGGUGCCAUGUUGAGGGUUUCGAUAUUUGGCAAGGUGACGGGGAUGCAUUUGGAAAGACUUAUGAGUUGGGACGAAAUGAGGGAUCAACCGGAGAUGGAGAGGAAAGGGAUGAGGUUACAUGAAAACGAGUUUUAUACGGAAGAAAAGCAUGAUGUAUUUGCGAAAUGUCAGAUUUCGGAGUUACAGGAGAGUGGGGAGUAUACAACGGUAGAGGUGUUACAGGUUAGCGAGAGCGAUCAGGGGAGUUUUCAGUUACACCAUGGAGUUCAGAGACGGGUUCAAGUGUGGAUGGUGCAUAGUUCUGGAGAUAUGUUGCCGCUUAAGGAUGUGGCUAGAGUUGUGGUUAAAGAUGUUUGUUUGGUAGGGGAGGAUGGACAAGCUAGGGAGCCGAGUUCAACGAAAGAGGUCGAGUUGAGGAUUGUGAAGGGUCCUAGUGUUAAGAAGGGACAAGAUGGAAGUUGGGGGAUUGGAGUUGUUGCGCAAUGGGAUACUAGUGCGCAUAAUUCGGUGUUAUUGGAUCGGAUGACUGCGCCGAAGUAUAGAGUUCAGGUCACGAUUAGCUGGGAACUUGUGAGCGAUCGGUUGGCGGAGAAUGUGGUCUUUAGUCAUAAGGUGUGUUUGGAGAUUCGACCGAGGUUGGUUAGGGGUGGGAAUAUGCUUGGGAGGAUGAUAAGAGGUACGAGGACAGUUGGAGCCGUGGCGGGGAUGUUCCAGGUUACGGUCAAGCCGCAGGUCUCUAGACGGGCAGGGGAUCUGUGGAGGAUGAAUUCGAGCCAGAGGUAUGUGAAGGGGGAAGAGGUUUUGAGGGGGUGGACUCCCAGGGGGAUUUCGAUAAUUAAGGAUUAUCUCGCGGCGAGGAGGAGGAGGAUGAGGGUUGCUGAGGUGGAGGCUGUGAAGCCGUUUUUGAAGCCCGAGGAUUUGGAGAUUAAGAAGAUCACUUCUAAUGGACAUGCAAAGGAAGGGGGAGAGGGAGAAGAAGAGGAAGAGGAGGAACUCGCAGAAGAAAAGAAAGCUAUUAUCGAGAAGUUCUUGAAGAUGUGGCCGAGGGAUGGAGAUCCGUUUGAUAGGAUUCUGUCGAGGCAAAAUAUCGAGCCUCCGCAAGAUGGGACGUCGACAGCUGUGAACGAGCAACCGGUAGCGGAGCCUGAGCCACCAAAGUUAGUGGCCGAGGCUCUGCAUUCCCCGAAGAAUCCCAAACUCCAAAAAUCAGGCUACGUCUUCCGGCCCAACGACUCAACCAAAAAAUGGGAAAGACAAUACCUCGAACUCCGGAAACCGUAUCUACACAUCCAUAACGGCGUCACAGGGGAAGAACUAAUGGCUGUCAAUCUUUCGGAUUGUACACUUGAUUACGAACCUGCGAAUGGAAUGGGAGAGCUGAUGGCUAAGGACAACGUUUUUGCGAUAUAUGCGCCACAGAGUAGUUAUCGAUUUGCGACUAGAACGGAGAAGGAUAAGAUGGAUUGGAUCGUGGCUAUUGAUAACAGUUACUUUAACGAGGCUAGAGGGGAAGGAGGAGGGAGAGGGGAGCGGUGA